AUGUACCGGGGGGCCGCAGUCUCUGUCGUUCAGGGCCUCAGUGAGCCGUGCCCACCCAGCGCCAGCCAAACCCAAGCAGCCUCUGCAGUGCGGACCGCCAAGAGACAGAGCCUCUCUGACCACACAAUUGGCAAAGACCUCCAGAGCACGAGGACAGGGCAAAGGCAAAACAGAGGGAUGAGGACUCGCCUGGGAUGUCUGUCUCACAAAUCGGACUCGUGCAGCGACUUCACGGCUAUCCUUCCAGACAAACCCAACCGGGCUUUAAAGAGAUUAUCAACAGAAGAAGCUACAAGAUGGGCAGAUUCUUUUGAUGUCCUUCUGUCCCAUAAAUAUGGAGUGGCUGCGUUUCGUGCAUUCCUAAAGACGGAGUUUAGUGAAGAGAACCUGGAAUUCUGGCUGGCUUGUGAGGAGUUCAAAAAGACACGCUCCACUGCCAAGCUGGCUUCCAAGGCACACAGGAUUUUUGAAGAAUUUAUUGAUGUGCAAGCACCACGAGAGGUAAACAUAGACUUCCAGACCCGCGAGGUGACAAGACGGAACAUACAGGAGCCCUCACCAACCUGCUUUGACCAGGCCCAGGGCAAAAUUCACAGCCUUAUGGAAAAAGACUCUUACCCUAGGUUCCUAAGGUCAAAAAUGUAUACAGACCUGCUUUCUCAAACCCAGAGGAGGCUCAGCUAG